UAUUAUGGAAUAAUCAUAUAUUUUGUAUGAUAUAUUAUUAAAAAACUGUAUUGUAUUCCAGGGACUUAGGUUAUAAAAAAUUCAGGGAUAUCGAAACGAAAUCAUUUACGCAUCUUACAGAGUUAAAGAUAUUAAGGUUGAGCGGCAAUUUAAUAAGUAAUUUGAAAAAUGGUGUAUUUGCAAACCUUUCAAAGCUUUGGAAAUUAUUAUUGUAUAAUAAUACAAUUGAAAACAUCGAGACUGGGUGUUUUAAUAACUUAAUGAGUUUGGAGAACUUAAAAUUGGAUCACAACAAAAUCCAUAAUCUCGAUUUUGUACAAUCUAAGGGAUUAGCAAGACUGAAUGAACUGGAAUUAAGCCACAAUCUGAUAAGAAACAUUCCACCUGGGAUAUUCGAUUCAUUAACGUCGUUGAGAAUUUUAACGUUGAACGACAAUGAAAUAAGUAAUUUGAAAUAUGGUGCAUUUGCAAACCUUUCGAAGCUUCAGACAUUAUCAUUGGAUAGAAAUAAAAUUGAAAACAUCGAGACUGGGGUUUUUAAUAACUUAACGAGUUUGAAAUACUUGUUUUUGAGUUUCAACAAAAUUCAUAAGCUCGAUUUGGAAAUGUUUAAGGGACAUAUAAAACUGGAUACACUGUCUUUAAGCCACAAUCUGAUAAGAAACAUUCCACCUGGGAUAUUUGAUUCAUUAACGUCGCUGAAUCUUUUGAUGCUUGACCAUAACCCGUUGACGUGUGAUUGCAAUAUUCUGUUGUUUGUAAACGCGCUAAAGAAAAAUUACCCCCAGCUAGAUGUAUUCGGGGUUUACGACCCGUCAUGCUAUUUUCCAGUAGAAAUGAGCGAAAAAUCAUUGAAAAAAUUAACCGAAAAAGAUUUUCAUUGCACGUCUCCGGAUGUAAUCGUGGUACCAGAGAACAAGACGUUGUCGGUCGGUGAAGAGUUACAACUCUCGUGCAAAGCCGUAGGGGACCCGGAACCUUUGAUAACGUGGGCCAAAGACGACAUUUAUCUAGAACUUGGCCAAAGAGUUCAGGUAUUUAAAAAUAAUACAUUGAUUAUAUCUAAAGUGGAAAGAACGGACGGCGGUCAAUAUAAGUGCGUGGCGUCCAAUUAUCUUGGACGAAAAUCUUUUGAGGCGAUGGUUAACGUAAACGAAAAGAUGUGUCCACCUCUACUAUCAGACAAUUUAGAUAUUAAAUGUAGUUUUAAUGGCAACUAUGCUAAUUGCUCAAAUUUAUCGAUACCUGACACAAUAGCAACACCAUCGUGUAAGCCUACUUAUGCUCUACCAAAUAGAAAAAAACAGACUUCACUAGAAUUACGUUGCCAGUCUAAUGGAAUGUGGGAUAAAGAACUAUAUAGAUGUCAACCACUGGAUAUUUGCAUUUUACCAACUGUCGAAGGAGUUGUAUACACUUAUGAAGGUUCUAACGAAAGUUUAACUCACGGGACGUUUAUUGAUCUUCACAUUACAGUAAAUGAGAACUGUAAAUUUGGCUACCAUAAAGUUCAUCCCAAUAGUUUUAGAGUUUGUCAGAGACAUGGAAAAUGGAAAACGGUUUCUGAUAAAUUAUGUUUGAAAACGUGUCCACCUCUAGAGUCAGAUAGUUUAGAUAUUAAAUGUACUCAUAAUGGGAAGUAUGCUAAUUGUUCAAAUCCAUCCAUACCCGAUACAAUAGCAAAACCAGUAUGUAAGCCAUUAUAUACCGCGUCAAAUGGAAAUGAAGAGGAACCACUUGAAUUACUUUGCCAGCCCAAUGGAACUUGGAAUAAAGAACUAUAUAGAUGUCAACCACUGGAUGUUUGCAUUUUACCAACUGUCGAAGGACUUGUAUAUACUUAUGAAGAUUCUAAUGAAAGUUUAUCUCAUGGGACAUUUAUUGAUCUUCACCUUACAGUAAAUGAGAACUGUAAAUUUGGAUACUAUAAAGUUCAUCCCAAUAGUUUUAGAGUUUGUCAGAGACAUGGAAAAUGGAAAACGGUUUCUGAUAAAUUAUGUUUGAAAAUGUGUCCACCUCUAGAGUCAGAUAGUGUAGAUAUUAAAUGUACUCAUAAUGGGAAGUAUGCUAAUUGUUCAAAUCCAUCCAUACCCGAUACAAUAGCAAAACCAGUAUGUAAGCCAUUAUAUACCGCGUCAAAUGGAAACGAAGAGGAACCACUUGAAUUACUUUGCCAGCCCAAUGGAACUUGGAAUAAAGAACUAUAUAGAUGCAAUCCAAGUAAUUGUAUUAUUUUAUUAUAAGUGAAAUCCCCUAAUUUAUUCAUAUUUUAUUAAUUAACUUAACUUUUACUGCAAUCAAAUGCUUUUGUUUGUAUAACAAAAAAAAACCAAAAAAGGACGAAUAACUAAUCAUUAGGUACCGGUUAAUCGAUUGAUGUAAAUUUUUAAGCCGUAAACAGUGUGUCUAUUCUAUUGUCAUUAUUACUUGUUAACUAUUAUCAUUCAUAUUCAUA